UCUCCUCCCCCCCUCGCCCGUCUCUUCGACUCCCAUAUCCCUCUACAAUCACCUUUUACUCUUCAUCCUUCUGAUACCUCACCACCUCUUCCUCUUUCUCAACCUCUUUUCACCAUCACAACCAAGUCUCACUCAAACACCCUACGCUCACAACCUCGCUUCGGCCACCUCGAUAUCUCAACCUACUCUCAAACCAAACCAAGACUCUAUCACAAUGGCUCCCACCGCUAGGAAAACCGCCCCUGCCACCAAGGCCAAGUCCGCCGCCGCUCACCCUUCGUUCCAGGCCAUGAUCCAGGAAUGCAUCUCUAGCUCGACCGAUGCCCGUCAGGGUGUCUCGCGUCCCGCCAUCAAGAAGUUCUUGGCCGACAAGUACAAGCUCGACAUGUCGUCGGCUGCCAACUUGAACCACGUCAACAAGGCCAUCGCACGAGGUGUCGAGGUCGGCGUCUUUGACCAGCCCAAGGGUUCCGGUGGAAAGGUCAAGCUCGUCAAGAAGAGCGCUGCCGGUAAGGAGAACGCUCCUCCUGCCAACGGUGCCGCUGCCGCUCCCAAGAAGGCUGCUGCCCCCGCCAAGAAGGCCACCACUGCUGCCGCUGCCGCUCCUGCCAAGAAGGCACCCGCAAAGGCUGCCGCUCCCAAGGCUGCUGCCACUGCUACUGCUAAGAAGGCUGCCGCACCCAAGAAGGCCGCUGCUCCUGCUAAGAAGACUUCGGCCCCGAAGAAGGCUACUGCCGCCAAGUCCACUGCCAAGGCACCGGCCAAGAAGGCGACUGCUGCGAAGAAGAAGUAGAGCGCGUAACGCGUCUCGCUCGAUUUCCUCUUUCUUUUUCGCCUCAGCAACCCUUUUUGAUUUCUGCCCUCGCACUCGAUCACUACCUGCCCUGCCUGUUCUUCGUGUUUUAACCCGACGCCUAUACCGAAACCUUCGCUUUUCGCUCACCUGUUCCGAGAGCCUCUCGAUCUUGUAUUAUUUCAGAGGUAUCGUUCGAGCUCUUUCAUGAUGAUUGUCCCUUAUGCACAUAUCCAAACGGCCAUACCGCGCCGCGACGC